CUCUCUACCCCAAAAUUCUCAGACCCAUUCCACCAUUUUUAGGACCCAUCUCACACCUCUCAAAUCUCAAUUUCUUUUUUCACCAUUCUCAAUUCUCCUCAAUCAAUUCUUCUAUUCUUCUAUUCUUCUAUCAACCAAUUUUACACAAACCAAACAUGUCCCAGAAAAACUCCCCCAAUUUUAUCCUUUUAUUUAUUCUUAAAAAAUAAAUAAAAAAUAAAAAAAUAAUUUGGGCACGGACCUGACCCAUAACCUCUUUCCUUUCAAUAUACCUAAAACCUAGAGCCGCACUUAGUAUAUAUAAUUACUAGUAUUUUAUACCGUAUCUUCUAUUUCUUUCAAAAACAAAUUAAAAAUCUAUACCAAAAUACAAAUACAUCGAUUAGAGAUAGAGAAAAAGGAGACAAAAAAAUUGUUCACAUAAAAAAAACCACCCACCACCAUAGACCCAUCUUCCUGCAUAAACUUAAGGUGACAGAAAAGACCUACUAGUAAUGGAAGGAGGGUGGUAAGAUAGGGAGUUGUCAGUCGUAGCAUGUGUAUCAUAUAGACUGUAUUUAGAAAUUUUAUCAUGGAAGUACUUCCCUGUUCCGGCGUUCAAUAUGCCGGGGAAUCUGAUUGCCCUCAACGCGGUUCAGAAACAACUUUUAUCUACCAGGAAGAACCUAGUUGCCCUGAAAACACCGAACAAGCUAAAUUGGGAGAUGAUCAACUGAAUGAAUCACUGCAUAAGAUUGAAGGGUCAGAGAUAGAAAUGCAAGAUGACAGGACACAGAAUGUGUGUGCUUCGUUGACUAAUUCGAAUUGUCAAUGCAAUGGAGCUUCAUGUUGUGACUGCCAAGUGGAAGAUCAAAAGAAUUACGGUGGUUUCGUUGAUUUUGAUGAUGAAAUGAUGAAUGAACGUUACCUAACCUCUGAGAAUUCUCUUGCUGUUCUUGAUACAAUUGAAAGUGAAUCACCAAACAACGGUAAGGAAGGAGACUUGUCGUUUUCUGAACCCCAGUGGCUAGAGGGGGAUGCAUCUGUUGCAUUGUGGGUCAAGUGGAGAGGGAAAUGGCUGGCUGGUAUCCGAUGUGCAAGGGCCGACUGGCCAUUAUCAACUUUAAGAGCAAAACCAACUCAUGACCGAAAGAAGUAUUUUGUCAUAUUUUUUCCGCACACAAGGAUUUAUUCUUGGGCAGAUACGCUGCUUGUUAGGUCAAUUGAUGAGUUUCCGCAUCCUGUUGCAUACAAGACUCAUCAGGUAGGACUGAAAUUAGUACGGGACUUGACAGCUGCACGACGGUUUAUAAUGCAAAAGCUAGUGGUUGGCAUGUUGACCAUCGUCGAUCAGUUUCAUCUUAAUGCUUUAACAGACAUUGCCCGUGAUGUGAACGUCUGGAAGGCAUUCGCCAUGGAGGCUUCUCAUUCUAAUGGUUAUUCUGAUUUCGGAAGAAUGCUUCUAAAGAUACACAAUAGCAUCUUGGGGCAUUACAUAAGGGCUGACUGGUUACAGAAUUCUUCUCACUCUUGGGUUGAAAGAUGUCAGAGUACAAAUAGUGCUGAAAUGGUAGAACUGCUGAAGGAGGAAUUGUUUGAUUCUAUUUUGUGGAAUGAUGUCAACAAUCUCUGGGACUCACCAGUGCAACCAAUAUUAGGUUCUGAAUGGAAAACCUGGAAGCAUGAUGUAGCGAAAUGGUUCUCAACAUCACCUUCCUUGUCUAGCAGCAAAGACACUCCUCGACAGAUUUCCGUUGAUUCAUACCAAACAAACUUUCAGGCUUCUAGAAAAAGGCCUAAACUUGAAGUUCGUCGUGCAGAUACACAUGCUUCAAAAGUGGAGUUCAAGGGUUCAGAUCACACUAUUGCUCUUGUGAAUGACCCUGGUUUCUUUAAGAAUCAGGAGACAUUGAGCACAUUAACACCUGAGACUUUUAAACAUGAAAAUACUAGGAUGGUAUCUAUCACAAAUGAUUUGUCCAGUAAUUUGACCAACAAAUGGAAUGAAAUUGUAGUUGAGGCUGCUGAUUCUGAUUUCUUGCAUACAAAAGAAAUUGAAUCAACACCUAUGAAUGAAAUGGUUGCUGUAAACUCUGUGGAUCCAGGUAGUAAGAAUCGACAAUGUAUAGCUUACAUUGAAGCCAAAGGAAGACAGUGUGUGAGAUGGGCAAAUGAGGGAGAUGUAUACUGUUGUGUGCACUUAUCCUCUCGUUUUUUGGCCGGCUCAGCAAACGCCGAAAACCCGGGUCAAGUUGAUACUCCUAUGUGUGAUGGUACAACUGUUGUGGGUACUAAAUGUAAGCACCGGGCUCUACCUGGGUCGUUAUACUGUAAGAAACAUCGGCCUAAUGCUGAAACAAUACAUGUCCUGAGUUUACCCCAAAGUACUAUAAAGAGGAAACAUGAAGAAAAUUAUACUGGUUCAGAGAACAUGUUCUGUAAAGACAUAGUAUUGGUAAAUGGCGAAGGUUCACUGCAAGUGGAUCCAGUUUCAUUUAUUGCCGGUAAUUCAUUACAUGGAGAAAACAACUUGUCUGAGAAGCCGGUGCAUUCUGAAAAGGGUUAUGUUGCAAUGGAGGCUCCAAUCUGUAUAGGGUCUCCUCCAUUUGAUAAUAAGAAUCCUUGUAGGGAAGCUCCUAAGCGCUAUUCCUUAUACUGCGAAAUCCACCUUCCAAGUUGGCUUAAACGAGCAAGAAAUGGGAAGAGUAGAAUAGUAUCAAAAGAAGUUUUCUCAGAACUUUUGAGGGGCUGCAGCUCGUGGGAGCAAAAGAUACAUCUGCAUGAAGCCUGUGAGCUUUUUUAUAGGCUAUUCAAAAGCAUUUUAUCACUAAGAAACCAAGUUCCUAAGGAUGUCCAAUUCCAAUGGGCUUUGACCGAAGCCUCUAAAGAAUUUGGUGUUGGGGAAUUUUUUACUAAGUUGGUUCAUAGUGAAAAAGAGAGAAUCAAAUCGAUGUGGGGAUUUAAUGAUGACAUGAAUGUAUCCUAUGUAAUAGAAGAAGAACAAGGACAACAACAACCACUCUUGCUCUUGCCACCCACAAUUGAUCACAGCUUUGAUAAUGAAAAUGCCAUUAAGUGUAAGAUCUGUUCAACACAAUUUCCGGAUGACCAAACACUCGGUAACCAUUGGAUGGACAGUCAUAAGAAGGAAGCACAGUGGCUGUUUAGAGGCUAUGCAUGUGCCAUUUGUCUGGAUUCUUUUACUAAUAAGAAACUAUUGGAAACCCAUGUUCAGGAGAGACAUCAUGUGCAGUUUGUCGAACAGUGCAUGCUUCUCCAGUGCAUUCCUUGUGGGAGUCAUUUUGGAAAUUCCGAACAAUUAUGGCAGCAUGUUUUAUCAUCUCAUCAUGUUGAUUUUAAGCCAUCAAAAGCUCCCGAGCAGCAAACUUUCUCUACUGGCGAAGGUUCACUUGUAAAACAUGACCAGGGAAAUUCGGCCGCUUUGGAAAAUAAUUCUGAGAAUCCAGGUGGUCCACGGAGGUUUAUUUGCAGGUUUUGUGGGUUGAAAUUUGAUUUACUACCCGACCUAGGACGACAUCAUCAAGCUGCUCAUAUGGGGCCCAAUCUGGUUAGCAACCGUCCCGCUAAGAGGGGGGUUCGCUAUUAUGCAUAUAAACUAAAAACUGGCAGGCUAAGCCGCCCUAGAUUUAAAAAAGGUUUGGCAGCCGCAGCCUCAUUAAGGAUGAGAAAUAAAGCUACUGCCAAUUUAAAGCGAUGCAUUCAGGCAACAAAGUCAAUCGGUGUGGAAGAAACAACCGUGCGACCUCAUAUAACAGAAACAACAAAUAUUAGUGGAUUGACAGAACAUCAAUGUUCAGCUGUUGCCAAAAUUUUGUUUUCAGAAAUUCAGAAAACUAAACCUCGGCCUAACAAUCUUGAUAUUUUAUCAGUUGCUCGCACUACUUGCUGCAAAGUUAAUCUAGUAGCAUCAUUGGAAGAGAAAUUCGGAGCUCUACCUGAAAAGCUCUAUUUAAAGGCAGCAAAACUUUGCAGUGAGCGUAAUGUUGUUGCAAAAUGGCACCAUGAGGGAUUUGCUUGUCCCCGAGGUUGCAACUUGUUGAAGGAUCAAGGCUCACAAUCUCCUUUAGAAUCUCUUCCUAGUGGUUUCGUAAUGCCAAAAUCUGUAAAUUUGUCUGAUCCUACGUGUGAUGAGUGGGAUGUGGAUGAGUUUCACUGCAUAAUCGAUUCACAAAGUUUACAAUUAGGUUCACGGCGAAGGGCUAUUGUAUUGUGUGAUGACAUUAGCUUUGGGAAGGAGUCAGUUCCUGUCAUUUGUGUAGUAGAUCAAGAACUUCUACAUUCUCUAAAUGAGCAUGGGUUAAAUGAGCAAGAUAUAAUCUCUUCUAAACCUUGGGAGAGUUUCUCGUAUGUUACGAAGCCAAUAAUUGAUCAAUCCCUUGGUUCUGAUUCAGAGUGUCCACAAUUGGGAUGUGCCUGCUCAUAUUCUACCUGCGGUCCUGAAACAUGUGAUCAUGUAUACCUAUUUGGUAAUGACUAUGCUGAUGCAAAAGACAUAGUUGGGAAACCAAUGCGUGGCAGAUUCCCAUAUGAUGCAAAUGGUCGAAUAAUAUUGGAGGAAGGUUACCUUGUCUAUGAGUGUAACCAUAUGUGCAGAUGCAACAAAUUCUGUCCAAACAGAAUAUUACAGAACGGAGUACGAGUCAAAUUGGAAGUCUUUAAAACAGAGAAAAAGGGAUGGGCGGUAAGGGCCGGAGAAACUAUUCUACGCGGAACAUUUGUGUGCGAGUACAUAGGAGAGGUUUUAGAUGUGCAGGAGGCACACCGCAGGCGCGAAAGAUACGGCACAGAGAAUUGCAGUUAUUUCUACGACAUCAAUACUCGAGUUAAUGAUAUGAGCAGAUUGAUUGAAGAACAGGUUCAGUAUGUGGUUGAUGCUACUAAAUAUGGAAAUGUGUCGAGGUUCAUCAAUCAUAGCUGUUCACCCAAUCUUGUGAGUCACCAAGUUCUUAUUGAGAGCAUGGCUUGUGAGCGUUCGCACAUUGGUUUUUAUGCAAAUCGAGAUAUUGCUGUAGGCGAAGAGCUGACAUAUGGCUUUCAGUAUGAGCUUGUGCCCGGUGAAGGAACUCUGUGUCUGUGUGCAUCAUCAAAUUGUCGGGAACGACUUAACUAGAGCCUCGACGUCUGCUUGUGCUGUUGCAACAAUAUUUUCAGAUUUGCCAAUUUGAGCCUAAAUUAAUAAGAUGAGAUGAAAUCAAUCAAUCUCCUGACACAGGCAACCUGUAAAGUAGUCGCAAAUUUGAUAGGAUUGAAGUGAUUUGGAUUUUUCUCCGGCCACAUUCCGUCUGCCUCCGUCUCUGGUAGAGCAUGUCUUAGUAGCUUAGUGCACAAUCUUUCUCCUCUCUAUUGCUUAAUUCUAUAACUUUUGUCCAUGGAAAACUUAGGAACAUCUUUCUCUCUGCUUUCUUCCCUAUCAAUUUCCAAGGAAAAGAAAGUCGGGUAAAACAUUCCGCAGAAAACGAAAGAAAUGUCUCUGCAGUUCUUAUAUAUGACAUCUCUUCAAUUUGGAUUGUA